GUCAGGACGCGGAGUGGAUCUCACACACACACACACUCACGCGCAUUUACGCACACACACACACGCAGAGUGAAGUGGAGUGGAGUGGAGUAUCAGCGCUCGGAGCGGGACAGACGGACGGAGGGGGGAGACCUGCACCUGUCCCACACUACACUACGACUUUUUCCACGCACACAGUUCCACAGAGGAUCAGACCGGUCGUCCCUAUGUGUGGAUGGGACCAAAGUUACACGGCGACCUCUCAUAGCUCGGCCAUGUUGACCAGUGAGGGGGCGCACACAAUGGACCAGGACGACACACAUCAUGGACCCAAGAUGGCCUCCACCGCCACCACCAACGACAACGGCAGCAGCUCGAGCUCCGACCGAAGCGAGCCCGUGACGGACACCGAGGUGGACAUGGAGAUGGACGUAGAAGAGGCCGACAUGACGCGUUGGACGGAGGCGGAGUUCGAGGAGAAGUGCACAUACAUCGUCAAGGAUACAGCGUGGGAGGCGGGGCCAGACGGUGACAUCACAACCAGAGCUGAGGCGUCGCUUCCACGAAAUCUGGCGUUCAAACACCCGGCCGACAGCAAAGAGGUGGUUGGCGUGUGCAGCAGGGAGUACAUCCCCAAAGGAACUCGCUUCGGGCCCCUGGUGGGUGAGAUCUACACAGCUGACAGCGUGCCCAAAGAUGCCAACCGGAAGUAUUUCUGGAGGAUUUAUGAAGACGGGGAGUUCCAUCACUUUGUGGACGGUCUGGAUGAGACUCGCUCUAACUGGAUGCGGUACGUGAACCCGGCCCACUCGGCGGCUGACCAGAACCUGGCGGCGUGUCAGAACGGCAUGGAGAUUUACUUCUACACGGUGAAACCCGUCCCGGCCGGCGCCGAGCUGCUCGUGUGGUACUGCCAUGACUUCGCCAGACGCCUCCACUACCCGCCAUCCGGAGAACUGAUGAUGCAGAAGCUCAAACAGUCUCUCUUGGAGGUAAAGCAGCAGCAGGUGAGCAGUGAGGAGCGCUUUGGUCGACGCCUCCAGCCCGUCCCCGUUGCAGUGACCCCCACCCCACCCAAGAGGGAACACAGCGUCCUCUCCAUCCUCCGGGGCACCAACAGCACCUCGUCCUCCUCAUCAUUCACAAAAAGAGAGCCAAGCCGGCCGCUGCCCACUCGCCCGCGCUGCGCCGAUAGCCCCGAGCGCCCCCUGUACCCACGCGCUCUCUACCCGGCUCUCAGGCCCCAUAUCCCAGAAGACUUCCUCAAACCUGGAUACCCUGUGACCCACUCCCCUGGCAACCAGUCAUCUGCAACACCCAGCCCAUCAGCCAGGAGCAGUCCAGACAGUAGCCCACAUGGGAGCCCCUCAGGUCCAUCCCCGGCCUCCUUCUACCCCACUGGACUGGGUUCCUACCCAGGUUACUCCCCACCAGCUGCCCCUCUGUCCUCACCUUUCUACCCUCCAGGAACCCCAUAUUCACGGUACAUCCUGCCUCACCACUACUCGCUGCCUGGAGGGGGUGUCCCAGCAGUCGGGGGCAUCUUCCCAAGAAUGUACCCCCUCUACAGCAGCCUCCUGCCCCCUCACGUCCCCAUCCUGCCCUCUGAUGGACCAUCAAGGCGGUUCCUGAUGCCCGAGCCCAUCCACCCAUCAUCCAUCUCUGCCCACAGAGACUUCCUCCUACCAGCACCCACCAGUGCCUUCUCAGCCGCCACCUCGCUUAAGGACAAAGCUGGGCCUCACCACCCAUACCCAGGACACCCCCACCCCCACAGGCCGGCCCCUUCCAGCGGCUCUCCUACAGCGGGUACAUCACCUCCCAGCGAACGCCUGCCCACCAAGCCUACCUCAGCGCUGCUCGGGAGUCCCACUGAGCACCUGGCUGACGAGGAGGCCAUCAACCUGAGCAAAGUGAAGCGUGGCGCCGGAUCAGCGGGACACAGGACGCUGCCGUACCCACUGAAGAAACAGAACGGCAAAAUCAAGUACGAGUGCAACGUAUGCAGCAAAACAUUUGGACAGUUGUCAAACCUGAAGGUUCAUCUUCGUGUUCACAGCGGAGAGAGACCCUUCAAAUGUCAAACCUGCAACAAAGGCUUCACCCAGCUCGCUCACCUGCAGAAACACUACCUGGUCCACACAGGAGAAAAGCCUCAUGAAUGCCAGGUUUGCCACAAGCGCUUCAGCAGCACCAGCAACCUGAAAACUCACCUGCGCCUUCACUCAGGAGAGAAGCCGUACCACUGCAAGCUCUGCCCAGCGAAGUUCACCCAGUUCGUCCACCUCAAACUGCACAAGCGCCUGCACUCCCGUGAGCGUCCACACAAAUGCCCGCACUGCCACCGCCACUACAUCCACUUGUGCAGCUUGCGGCUCCACCUGAAGGGCUACUGCAUGGCGGCGAACUCAGGCGGCCAGGCCAGCCUGGAGGAGCUGCACCGCGCCAACGAGGAGAUUGAGCGCUUCGAUGUGAGCGAGCACGCCGAGCGGCUGGAGCAGCUGCAGGGAGGCGUGGAAGUGGAGACCAUGCUGGAGAAGAAGGUCCUGGGGCUGCUGUGGAGGGAGAGCGAUCUCAAGUUCCACCCCCACCACAAAGGGAACACUGCUGACCUCCUGUCCGCCAGUUACGGUGCAUUUGAGUCGCCGAACGAGACAUCGGUCAUCAAGGUGCGACGAAGCAGCCCCGUCCCGCCUCUUCCUGCUAAUGUCACCGUGAAGCAGGAGUCUGAGGAGCACGCUUGAGCAAUCUUUGACCUCAGUGGACAUUAAAACAGACUUAAGGUGGACUGAGUUGCCGGGAGCAACAGCUGUAAAUAAAUAUCUCAUCAGCAGUGACAUCUUGACCAUUGCCGGGUUUUCGACCCAUCAGGGACUUGUAUACUCAGGGCAACAAGAGACACUGUCCUAUGACUACUUAGCGUUGUUUAUUAUACUUAGAGACAAUCAUUUACCCAGGAUUUAACUUUAUUGUAAUUAAUAUAAUGUUAUUAUUAUUGCUGUUGUAUUAUUUGGUCUUUGUUUUCAAAUGUUUUGAUCAAUUACUUGUUAUAUAAUCCCCUUAAUUUAUUUUACUCUUUUUUUCCAAAGCAAUAAGUGGAAGGGAUGGUUACACUGACGGGAUGAAACCAGCUUACAAGACUGUACAUUUUACUUUUUUUUUCGGCUUUUUCUGUGGCCGUUUCUCUGUAGAUAGUCACUAGCUGUGUUUCCAUGCAACUGGCAAGCAAACGUGAAAUGUCACGAAAGAAAGUGCGAAUUAACUAAUUAACUGGCUGGGGAUUUCCAUCAACCUUAUAAUGCGAUACUUGGAAACAUGGCUACUUUUCUAUGCCUGUAUCCAUCCCACGACCUCUGAUCUACAGCACCAGGGGCGUCCACUUCAGGGUUUUAUCUAUUUAAAUUUGUAAAACAAUACAGCAGGUUAAAAAGGGUUAAAACUUGCCAAAGUCAGGCACAUAAUUUGUUGAGUUGAGUUUAGCAAUUUUAUUUUGACAUUCAACCCUGCUUGAUCGCUUCCCUUAUGUAUGUCUGUGUCCUUUUCAGAUGCCUACUUAAUUUAAAUGAAACGAAAAAGGGCAUUUUUUGUAUAUUUUCACAACGGUUACCUCAGUGUGCAUGUGAAGUAUGAUUGUGUGUGUGUUUAAAGGGACAGCUGAAGGUGGGAGCUUUCUAUUUAUUUGCAUUUUGCUACUUGAAAAAGAAGAAGAAGGAGAAGAAGUAGAAGAAACCAAACUGAACUGGAGUGCAGCUCUUCAUUUGGUCCAAACUUGUAGCACAUAACGGACUGGGAGUCCCUCCUCUUGUUUUAUUUGUUUUUGACAACACUGUCGCACCCAAACAGGGAAGCAAACAUCCUCUGACUUAGGGAUCCACACUUGACGCUAGUAACCAAAGUUCACCUGGCUUUAAUUUAACCAAAAACCAUGAAAAAAAAAAAAGAAAAAAGAAAAUCGAAACAAGGGAAGAAGGACUUGAGGACUUGGAAGCCUCAGGCAGGAAGGGAAGAUGAACUGUGUGUAUAUGAUGAAGUGUUUGCUCUUUGGCUCUCUUGUUUUUGUAAAUGUUUUGUUGUUAUUCUUGUUUGUUAAUAUUUGGCUCCUUUCUUCAGACCCGCCGUCCGCCAUUUUGUUUGUGAACUGGCAUACCAAAGCACCUCGGCCUUCUUUAAUGCACUGGCCCCCCCCUCGUCCCACUUUAUACUUCAGUGCCGAUGCUAGCACCAUUUACACUGUGUACAAUAUCACUGAACCCGGUCCUAACAGCAUUAAGACUCGACUUAAUGUUACUACAUCGACUGCGAUUUUCUGCAGUCAUGCAUCACAAACCUGUAGCUUCAUUUUUUUUCUCCUCUGUCUCAUUAUCUCUUAUUCGACCAAAGCGUCUUUUCUUUUUCUCUGAUUGGAGCUUUAACUUCAGAGGAGAAUCUCCUAAAGGACUGUUUCUGUUUACACUCUGGUUUACAUAGUUAUUUAUGUGCAAAAAUGUCAAAGUGUAAAUUAUGAUAUAAAUGUUCCCUGUUCUGAUCCGA